AUGAAAACCUCCUCGGAGUCACCAGAAAUGCCAGGCUCUGUGCCACCCACGUCGACGCCAAACUCGUUACAACUCACUGCAACACAAACAAACAGUUUUGAUAUAACAUAUUGUGUUAGUGACAGUGCUGGUGAUGUUAGUAUAUCAAAGCGUGAUACCGCACGCAUACUGAGAGCUGCUUCCAUAGUAGUCAAUUCCCAAUCUGAGAUAAACAAAAUAUUAGUUGCGGCACAAAUCACAUCCUUAUGUGGUAAUAAGGUCACCAUUGUUGUUAUUAGCAUACAAUUGCAACAUAAACGUCGUAAACGCUCUGAUGCAGCGUGUGAUCAAGAAUUGAUCGUCACAUGCCAGGCCGUAUAUCCAAUAAACUGUACAACAUUGACGUGUCAAGCAGCGUAUGAUCAAUUAAUUCUAAAUUCAAUUGGAAAUGCAACAAAUAUAUCAUUAUCAUUUCUCGAUUCGAAUAAUCAACCGGUAAACGUCGGUGUGACAUUUUCAACAAUAUCUGAUAUAUCACCAGAAAUGCCAGGCUCUGUGCCACCCACGUCGACGCCAAACUCGUUACAACUCACUGCAACACGUGAGUGCUCUUAGAUGUCACCCAUUUCCUCUGUUCAUGUUAGUGCGAUCUUAU